AUGUCCAACUAUGAUCGACCUCAGCACCCGACCGACACCGGCGACAUGAGCAGGAAAGGCUCGGACGAUGAGCAGUCCAGGAAGGAGACAAAGCCUCAGCCGACCAGUGCAUCGAGCAAUGAUCAACGCCAACAACUACCAUCUCUCAGCAGUUUGUUCCCUUCCGCAUUACGUCCUCAACUUUCGCCGCUAUCAGAGCGGCCACCGCCCUACCCGGCUACGUCUCCCCUUGACCACCCCCGGAGUGCUGGGGGUUAUCUCGAGCGAUCGGGUUCUUCUUCAUCUUACUUCCCACCUACAACACCGGGAUCAUCCUCCUCGCAGCACCCCCAGUCGAGGACCGUGUACGAGCCGAAAGUGUACGACAGGACAACAGCAUCGUUCUCCAGUGGUGCACGGUCGGCUUUUCCGGGCCCACUGUCUCCCGGCUACCGGGACUUAGAGAGCCAUCACCGACCGGAGUCCAGCAGUCGGUGGUCUUCCCACCAUGAUUUCAACCGCGGCAACAGCGAGUACUCAAUCAGCUCGCGGGACCACUCCGGCAGGUAUCCCCGGACCCCCCACCUGGCAGGACAGAAACACGACUACGAAGGGCACCCGAGCAGCUACCAAGACCCGAGGUCAGCAUCGUCGACGUCGUCUCAGCACCGCUACCAACACCAGCAGCAGCAGCAAGUGUACUCACAGCACCCCAGCCAGCCGUCGACGCCAGUAACGGCCGAGACUAUCCCCAGCAAGGACGGGCUGGGCCCCAAGAUCUGGACAGGAACCCACUUCUUGCCGAGGUUCGUGCGGGCGGCGGAGCUGCCGGGCGAGGGAUUGUGCUAUUUUUACGACGACGGGAGCCACUGCAAGACGGUCAUCGACGGCGAGGCUGUCAACGCACACUGGGGCGUCACCAAGGCCGGCAAGCCACGCAAGAGGCUGGCGAUCGCGUGUGUGACGUGCAGGGAGAAGAAGAUCAAGUGUGAUCCGGAUUACCCGCGGUGUGUCCAGUGCGAGAAGUUUGGGAGAAUCUGCAAGUUCAAGAAUGCUCCCCGAGGCGGAGGGCACAACACUUCUCCGACGUCAACUCUAAUGACAGAGCGGGAGGUGUCGCCGCCGCGACAGGGCCGCAUGCCAUUUGAGCUGCCGCGGCCAUCCAGGCGCUCUCCUUCUGUCUCCCCUCGGACCACGACCCACCCAGCAUUAUCGUUGGAAGUCCCGCCCAAGCGACCUCGGUACUCGUAUGAGUCGUCGUACUCGCCGGCAGAGAUGAGCGGCAGCAGGGACUUCGCGGCGCGUGCCCUGUCGUGGCAGCACCCGCCGCAGCACCAGCACCAGGAGCGGCCCGCGGGCCAACUUCCUCUCCCUCGCAUCCAUGAGGACGUGCUGCGCCGGACUUGGGACCCCUCCCUCGACGCUUGCUCGUCUCCGACGAUGGGCUGGCUGAGCAUAUUUGGUAUUGUGGUCCGGACGAGAUUCACCGUGAAUCAUCCGCAAAAACGGCCACAGGCGAAUGUCAAAAAGUCUCGAGCAGGCCAGGAGGCAGUCAAGGUCUCUGGCCUUGAUGGAAUCCCAGGCCCAGAAAGGCAGGCUGAGUUGAGCGUGAGCAGGCUACCGUCUCGACCGGAAUUCGGCAUAGGUGGGGAAGCAGCGUCAGUGCCUGCCGGCUAG